ACAAGUCAGUGCGGUUUGGGUUCUCGAUCAGCUCGGUCGCGUUUUUUCGUUUUCAAAGGGUUAAUUUAGUUUGUAUAGCGCGUGCUCACGACUGACGACGGUUUCAGCGUUCAGCUUGCGUGAAUGUUACAAUUAUCGAUGCGUUAGUUUUCUCGCGAGUCGCUGUUUUGGUCAAAUGUUCCGGUUUUGAGUUUUUGUACUGCCGUGGCCUUUUCCUGUUUUGUACGUUUGAACUGAAGGGUUAAUUCAAUUUAUGGCUCGCGGUGUACUGUCACUUCGACGCCGUUUCUAGCUGGCCGAAUAGCGCUGAACACUCGUGGAAGCUCCAUAUUUUGUGUGAAUUGGCAGUUCUUGACAAGUUUGAAAUUCGCCAACUAUAAGUGCACUUGAAAAAUAAAAAAAUUGUGAGCUAGUCUCUGUGAAGACAUAUACUGUGGAGAGAGCUCCUUUGUGAAUCAGCAGUAUAAAAUAGUUUAGAAUAUUUGAGCAAAAUAGUUACACGCAUCGAACAGAAUACUCAGAGCGUAGUUGCAUGCACUCAUCAUUUUAUCAAACAAACAACGUGUAUUGAGAGCUUUUAUAUACUGGGAUCUAGAUCUGUCGAUUAGCGAUUCUGAGAACAGAUAACGGAUUGUGAAACUACACUCGAUUUAGCACUGAUCGAGUCGUCCCGUUAGAUUCGAUGACUGUGUUGCAUUGUUUUUUGCGUUAUCUCAACAAACAGUUGUGCAAGCGUAAUGCAAUUGUCUGUAUACCCAACACGUUGUGAAGCACAUUUUAUCGAUAACGAAUCUAUAUUUACUUUGUUCCUAAGGAUUUUCAACGUUCAACAAGAUCACUGAGACGAACGCCGAGAAAAGUGAAACUAGACUAACAACAACAUCGAGCAACAGCCACCGACAUGAGAAAGAGCUGAAUGGAUGAGGACAGAAAUCAUACCGAGACCGAGGCCCAAAACCGCGUAGAGAAAGGUUUCUGACAUUGAAGCGUACAAAGUCAAAUACAACUCAUACCGGUUGGUGCAGUGAAGCAGAGAACUUGGUGAAAAAAGUUACAGGUUUACAAUAGCUGGAUGUGUUGCAGCUUGUGCAUACGCAAAAGUAAGAAUGGCAAAAGACGUAGAAUUCCAAGAUAUAGUGUAUGCAGUCAAUGUCCGAAGAAGUUUCAUUAGCGAAAGUCGCAAGCGGACCAUUGUCAAAGGCGUGAGUGGUGUUUUUCGACAUGGCCAAUUAUCGGCAAUUAUGGGUCCUUCGGGCGCAGGCAAAAGUAGUUUGCUGAAUGCUAUUUCCGGCUAUAGGAAAUCUGGUGUUGAAGGCACUAUUCACCUCAACAGAAAAGCAUCAUGUUAUAUCACGCAAGAAGAUCACCACCAGCAGCUAUUGACAAUUGAGGAGCUAAUGUACAUUGCUUGCCAACUGAAAAUCAAAGGAAAAGCUGAUUUUGCCGAAACAAUAACAAACGUAUUGUCUGAUCUGAAUCUGAAUCAUCGCAGAAAUGUAACCGCAGAUAGACUGAGUGGAGGCGAGAGAAAGCGCCUCUCUAUAGCACUAGAGAUGGUGGCCAAUCCGUCGAUCUUUUUUCUGGACGAACCUACUAGCGGUCUGGACGAGGUUACUGCUGCCACGUGCGUUCGAUUAUUUCGAGAUCUUGCCAAACAGGGUCGUACGGUAGUCUGUACAAUCCAUCAGCCCUCGGCUAGUAUAUUUGCUUUGUUUGAUCACAUCUACGUUGUUGCACGGGGACUAUGUGUUUUCCAGGGCAGUCCGAAAGCAGUUGUGCCGUUUCUAUCCCACAUGCGAAUUGAAUGCCCCCGGCACUACAACCCAGCUGAUUUCAUCAUUGAGAUAUGCGAUAGUGAGUCCGCAGAAGUACUUCCAGCUCUUUGCGAAGCAAUGCAGAAUGGUAAAUCAAUUUGCGUUAAGUCACAGUUUGGAGCACCAGCAGGUAGUUCUGCCUUGAUUGUGGAUGAGGAGCCUAAUUCGUUAGAACCCGUAAGCGAUUUCGUGAUAAAACCUACAGUCACAUCGAUGAUUUUAGAGCAGCAGCGACCAAGGGUGUCAACGUUGGUGCAGAAAAUGAAACAAAUUACCCGGUUCUUCCAUAGCCCGCAUGCCGUCUCUGGAUUCGUGCAAUUUUGGGUUCUGUUCCAGCUAAUGUGGACCAAAAUAAUGAGAAACAGAACGGUACUUUGGAUACAGUUCAUCCAUCAUGUGAUUUGCGCAAUCUUUAUUGGACUAAUAUUUUUUAAUGCCGCCAAUGAUGGUGCUCGCAUGUUCGAUCACCUCAAGUUCUGCCUGGGAGUAUGCUUCUUUUUCUGCUAUACCCAGAUUAUGGUUCCAAUAUUAAGUUAUCCUCGCGAGGUGAAGCUAGUGAAGAAAGAAUGCUUCAACCGUUGGUAUGGCCUGUUCCCAUACUAUCUAGCACUGACCCUUUCAAGACUGCCUAUUCAAAUUUUUCUUAACAUAAUAUUCUCCAUGGUCGUAUACUGGCUGGCCGGCCUUCCAGCAGAACUAUUUCGUUACACGCUUUUCACGAUUGUUGGUUUGGCAGUUUCUCUUUGCGCGGAAGGAUUCGGUCUAAUGAUAGGGGCUACGUUUAAUGUGAUGAAUGGUUCAGCGAUUGGACCGCUUACGAUAGCACCGUUCCUAGGACUGGCAAUCUACGGGUUUGAUUUUGCGCCACAGAUCCCGGCGCUAAUGCAAUGGCUGAUGCGGGCGUCAUUCAUCCGCGGUGGCGUCGUUUCUAUCGUGCUGGUAGUGUUUGGUUACAAUCGCCAACGGUUGGACUGCAGUGAAAUGUACUGCCACUUUGAUGACCCCAAGGUACUGCUGCACUAUGUACGAAUAGACAACACUACUCUGCUGUUCGAGCUAAGCAUAUUGAUUGCAAUGACUCUCUUUUAUCGACUGCUGUGCUAUCUCAGUUUGCGAAGGCGAUUCUACAAAUGAGCAUAAACCGGAGAGGCCGUAACAAAUAGACGAAAAAAAUGUGAUCAUUUUAUUAGCUAAACUAUUAUUUUAAUGGAUGAUUUUUUAAUCUGUUUACUCGGGUAAUGAUUUAGGAAGACUAAUAGCUUUAGCUUAACAUUCCAAGGGCGAAAUUAUUUUGCAAAGAUUAUCUUCUAUUGAACAAGAUUUAUGACAAACCAUAUAAGAAUCUCUUCUAGGUAGUGUUUGUACUUACAAAAAGUAGGAUAACUUCUUUAUUUGAAUAAAAUAAAAUGUGUAUAUCAUUUUUUCAUACAAAACAAAAA